GUUGGAGAAGCUGAAUAUCCAGAAAGUUUAAAUCAGUUUGUUAACUGGCACCAGGAUGCAGGAUUUCACAAAAAAAUAUAUCCAAGCCAUGAUCUCCAUCUUGUGAACUGGGUAUUGGCAGGAUCAAAGCAAGUUAAUUGUCACAAUCUUUGUGCAUGGAAUAAAGAAUAUUGA